AUAGAUAUAUAAAAUUUUUGUUUUUUAUUUAUGUGAAGAAAAAAGAGAGAAGAGAGAAAUGGGAGGGGUGUGUACAGGAGGGACAUUGAAGCAAGAAAGUGGUGUGAGUGAUACUAAUAAUAAUAGUUACGGAUUUUCAGGGAAAUUAAAGUCUGUAAAAAGCUUUACUAAUUAUCAUUAUAAUAACAAAAAGAAAAAGAAUAAUAAGAAUAAAAAUAAUGAUAAUUUUAAUAAUGAUGAUGAUGAUGAUGUUAGUAGUAGUAGUAAUGGGAAUGAUGAUUCAAAUGUUUCUUCUUCAUCUUAUUAUACACAACAAGAUGUUGUUAAUGAUGAUGUUUAUCAUAGAAAAACGAUGUCGUAUGAUUCGGGUGAAUUGUUUUUUUCGAUUUCGAGAGAAUUGAAACCGUCUACCCCUGCUAGAGUUUUUAAGGCACCUCAGGUAAGUACCUUUCUUGGGAAGGCGGGUAGUGUUGGUCUUGAAGUUUUAGACACUCUCGGAAGCAGCAUGUCAAAUUUUAAUUCUCACAGCGGAUUUGUAUCAAAUACAGCUUUAAGGGGCAACAAAGUAUCUAUUUUGGCAUUUGAAGUAGCUAAUACGAUUGUUAAGGGGUCCAAUUUGAUGCAGUCCCUUUCUGAUGAAAGUAUUCAAAUUCUUAAAAAGGAUAUUCUGCAUUCUGAAGGGGUGCAACUUUUGGUAUCUACAGAUAUGAAGGAGUUGUUAAGCAUUGCAGCUGCUGACAAGAGAGAGGAAUUUGAAAUCUUCUCUAAAGAAGUGGUAAGAUUUGGAGAUAUGUGCAAGGAUCCACAAUGGCAUCACUUGGAUCGUUUCUUUGUCAGAUUGGAUUUGGACCCUGUAACACACAAACAGCUUAGAGAGGAUGCAGAAAUUACCAUGCAAGAACUAGCCAACUUGGCUCAGUAUACCUCCGAAUUGUACCAUGAGUACCAUGCUUUGGAUAGAUUUGAACAGGAUUAUCAACGUAAACUUGAUGAAGUGGAAUCUUUGAAUCUUCCUCGGAAAGGAGAAAGUCUUGCGAUAUUACACAGUGAGCUAAAGCAUCAAAGAAAACUUGUGAGGAGCUUGAAAAGGAAAUCUCUUUGGUCCAAAAGUUUGGAAGAGGUUGUGGAGAAGCUUGUAGAUGUUGUCACCUUCAUCCACCAAGCAAUUGCGGAGGCGUUUGAGGAGAAUGCUGCAUUGUCACCAACGAACGACAAGGUGGUUAGUAAAAAACCUGAAAGAUUAGGCGUUGCUGGUCUUGCUUUACACUAUGCCAACUUAAUCACUCAGAUGGAUAACAUUGCAUCUCGUCCGACCUCCUUGCCUUCUAAUAUGAGGGACACAUUAUAUAACGGGUUACCAGCCAGUGUUAAGGCAGCUUUACGUUCUCGUUUACAAGCUCUAGACUCCAAAGAAUUGAUGACAAUGCCUCAAAUUAAGGGAGAAAUGGAAAAGACUCUCCAGUGGCUUGUUCCUCUUGCUACUGAUACCACCAAAGCGCAUCAAGGCUUUGGGUGGGUAGGAGAAUGGGCAAACACUGGAAACGAAUUCGGAAAGAAGACGGCAGGGAGUAACAACAUUAUCCGGCUGCAAACAUUAUAUCACGCAGAUAAACAGAAGAUGGACCGAUACAUAUUAGACUUAAUCAUCUUGCUUCACCGUCUAAUUAGUCUCGUGAGAUAUAGAGACAAAGUGCCCAAAUACACCCCAAACCGAUCUCCUACUUCGAUGGGGUUGACCCUUCAUCCCAAUGGUGAACUCCAACCGGCCAAGAUCUCACCAGAGGACAAGAAUCUUUUGGAAGAAGUGACAAAACGGAGAAUGUUGGUUCCAGGAGUAAGCAGAAGUCAAGAGUUUGUGAUGGUGAAAAAGAAGAAAGGAGCGGAGAUGCUUGCAUCGAGUAGAAGUAUGGGGAGUUCACCUCGAAAAGAUUCAAAGUAUUCAAAUGCUAAUAUGUUGGAUGUGUUAGACGGGUUAGGUACAACUUUUUGAGUUAGUACAUGAAUUAAGGCCAUUUCGAGUUCAUAUAUUUUGAUUCAUGAUAUUUUUUUGUUAAUUAGAAAGUUACAUGUAUAUGUAUAUAUAAAUCGCUUAUCUGAAAGUUACAUGUAGUAUUGGGUGUCUGAAGUGGUAAUAUUCAGUUUUAUAGGCUUGUUGAUUCAAA